AUGACGGACGCAGGUCGCCCGUGCUGCGCGCGUCUGGGCUUCGCUCGUCUUGCCGAACCUGGUCGCGAUCGUGUUACCUCAAUCUCUUGUCGCCCACCGUUGCACCUGCACAUCCAUCUCCCUCCGCUAUUUCCUCUAAAUUAUAAUUCGUACCCGAUUCACGCCUUUGCGAAACGCCAACUUCUCCCACCGCCGCUCAUGCCGAGUAUGCUUGCGACCGCGCCGCUCGCUCCGUCGCCGACCAUUAUGGGAUCGUCGACAGAGCACAUCUAUCGGGCCCUAUCCGACCCCUUGGUCCCCUCGCCGAGACAGUUCAAAAAGCACAAGACGUUGCCUCGACCGCCAAAUGACAUCGACCUGGCCCCAGACGCAACUGCCCCCCGCGCCACCCACGACGCCUAUUGUCUAGUCCUUGAUACCUCGACCGCACUCAGCUCCUCCGCCACUCAGUCCUACGCGUCUGCCGCCACCCAGACCCUCAAGCCAGCCUCCCGCCGCUUCGCCUCGUCGUCCUCUGCUGGUCCUGACCGUCCUGACCGUCCUGACCCUCCACCAACACCCCCCGCGCACUCUCGUGCCUCGCCCAGUGGCCACCCCACUCUGGAUCCCAGCCCGACCGCCGCGCAACCUGCCAGACAUUAUCCUCCUCCGCCUCUUGCGCUGCGGAAACCUCCCGUCACGCCACCCGAUCAAAGAAGCCCCCCGACUCCUGACGUAACACCUCCACAGCCUCAGACUGCCCUGAAAUCUGUCCGCCCGCCGCGCUGCGAUCAAUCUCCCCCCGGCGCCACCCCGACCGACUCUCGCAACGACUCCUUCACCACCGCCCGAGAAGAGCAAUUCUCCGAGGACGAUCAUGCUCGCGCUGCCCUGAGAUCCCGUUCCACCUCGGCGCAAACCUCCCAGACUACCAUCUUGGCCACUCGCGAGAUGCCUGCACCCGUCCAGGUCCGCCCCCCUGCUGGAGCCACAGGGAGCCUACCCAUCAGCCCGCCACAGCUCACGCCGCGUACCAUGAAUGAAUUUCGCAAGUUUGACGGCGAAUGGGAUUCUGCACAGCAGCUGGCAAACGACCGCCGCCACGAGCACCAGCAGGACGGCAGUCGCCCACAUGUAGUCAUCAGUAAGCGAAAGCGCUCGACUCCGAAGACGCCCAUUAUAACAUCGCCUGUCGCCAACCACGAAGUACUCGAGGAUCACGUCGUCACUCCCACAGCCGCCACUCGCGCCGCACGAUAUGCCCACGUUCGCGACAAUGCAGUGAUGGAGGCCUCGCCCGUUAGCUCCUCUGUGCGAUCCAUUUCCGAAACCUCAGCCAGUGUCGAAGCUCGGAGAUCUUCGGCUACCUCUGCGCGAUCCAGCUCGUCUGCCGUCGUUGAAGUCCUCGUCAUGAAUGGCCCUGCUCAACCGCCUCAGCGAAGACGUACUCUCCGACAUGUCAAGAAACAGCCUCUUUUGCGCCAGCCUCUCCCUGUCCCAGAUCGGUCGUCAGGCGCCAGCUUUGAUGGCCACAGGCGGCUCCCCCAGCCGCAGCGCAACCGCCACGAGAGUCCAGCACCCCGCGAUCGCAGUCGGCCGCCCAACACGCAGGUUACUUCCAAUCACGCUAUUGGCGACAGCAGGGCACGCCGCGAAAUUCUAAGCAGCGGCAGUAUUCCAGUCAUUGUCGUCCCAGAUAGACGCUCCUCGAAUCGCAGCAAAUCCCGCGAACCCUCUCUGCGGUCAACUUCUAGUAGACGCUCCAAGAGAUCCACCAGCGUCGGCUCGCACCAACAGGCCAGGGGUUCUCUCGACACUUCACGACCGGAAUCUCUUUCCCGCGGCAGAAUUGCUGGCAGAACCCCCGGCGAUGAACGAACCAUGGAUUUUGCUCCAGCCAUCCCGCCUCGUUCUUCAUCGCUUUCCGCCCCUACCAGCCGAAACGUUUCUCGCACCAACUCCUUGACGGCUGAGAGUAUUCGAACCCAUAACGCAUUGCAACGAAAGGAGGACGAGGCUAAGUCAAUCAAAUCAGUCAAGGCAGUUCAACCAGAGCGUCAUAUGGGUGAGGCAUUCCCAGUCCUCGGCUCUGCCAUCGCGCCUCUCUCUGCUGCAAGGCCUUCCGAUGCUCACCUUGGUCGUGAUAUCCCGCUCAGCCCACUGCUUGACCCUACUGAGGACGGGAUGAGUGCCAAGAAGUAUUCGUCUCGGAAUACUCCCUUCUCGGUCACAUCAGUGGCUACUACUGGGACCGUGCCAGAACUAUCCGAAGCACUCGCAGUUCACAUGUAUCAGCACCAGAACUCAUCCGUCGUUGUGGUGAACCAUUCUGCCCGACCUUCAGAUGCCUCCAAUGCAGCACGCGAGGCGUUGCCUCAGCUCGUCCCAACGAUUACCACCACCGGCAUCCAAGGCGAGCCGCCCGUGACACCCCCCGAGCAGUCCAAGACCGAAGACGUCGACUCUCCACUGCGCAACCCCCGAGCACCCCCGGAGCCUCCUACGCACCUUCCUAUGCUCAACCUGAUUCCUGCCACGCCGUCUGGAGCUACACCUGCCGACGAAAGCGACAAACGAUUGGGCAAUAUCUUUGAUCCGACCCCUCCAAGACGCGAGUCUCUUCUUCAGCGAGCUUUCAGUCGCCGUCGCCGGAAUUCUCUCGACUACCCACCAACCUCGGCCAAAACUCCUGUAUUUGAAGCAGACAUAGAUGGCGAGCUGGCACCUAGGAAAGCGAAGGAACAGCCGGUGGAGCGAGAGAAGCUGCAUCCCCUGUGGCGUCCACAAUACGACGACGACGACGACGAAUGUGAGUAUGGCGAUAGCUGCCCCCAUCACAGCAAGCGCGAUACAGUAUAUCGCUAUCCACUCGUGGACAAUCGCCCUCGCCCGCCGAAGAGAAGCCUUAGCGCCCGCGUGAAGAAGACGUUUGCAAUUUUACCAACGCGCGACGACAGGCAGUAUCCGGCGGAGGAGGGUACAAGCUGGCCAGAACGACGAAUUAUUCGCCGGACUCCUAGUGGCAAUCUACGAGUGAUGCAGCGACGCUCCAGCCUAGACUCUAUGCGCAUGUCACCGCGUCUCCUCAGCAGGCAGACGAAGCCGUCACGCCUGUCCACCAGCACGGAGCAGACGCGAUCGUUUUGGCCCCCUGGCUCUCUCCGCCGUGCAGAGACGUCACACACUGGAUCAAGCGGUCGACGCAGUCGACGCUUCUCUUUGAGUGAUACGCUAGAAGACAUUCCCAAUAUCCCGCGCAUGCUGACGGAGAAGCGACGCGAAAAGAGGACGCAGGAGCUACGCCAGAUGAUCAGCGCACCCACCAACGUCCGCGAUGGUGUUGAUGAGGCGGUCCGACGCAGCGACCACCUGGGCAAUCGCGAGCCCUUUAAGGCGAACCCGUCUGACUUUUAA